AUGAAGCCGAUUUUGACCGUCUCUGCCAAUAGCAAGAAUAAGUCAAGCCGAAAGAUCAGCAUCAAGAUGGCCACAGACAAUCCGCCGACCUCCUUGCCAGCCCAAACCACAAGGCGUUCUGACCGAGAACGAUCAGAGGUCAGCCUAAGUGGUGGAGGUAAUCCUUGGGUUGUACACUUCGCAAGCAAAGAAGACCUAUCGGAUGCCAUCACCUUCAGACGGGGUGUUGACAGUUCUGAGUUUCCUGGCACAUCUCGUCACACUGUUAGCAUCUUUGGUAUUGAUGGCAAUAUCAAAUUCCGAGACUCGAGAAGCCUUGUUGUGAGACGUUCCGACCGACAAGGCAGAGUCAGGGACCUUGAUAUAACAGUCUGGGCAGCUGUUGAGAUCCAGCGUCAAGAAUUCGAUGUCGUGCGUCAUGAAGAGAUUGGCAAUGACUGGAUCACAUUGCUGAAGCUCAAGCCUGGAAAGAGGUUCUUUGUGACAAUGAGCCAGAUGACGGGGCCACCGUCUACAAAUCCAAACCGCAUCCGCCAUGAUAUGCUUCAACUCUGGAACAGGCAGGGGGACAUACACAGGAUGCCAUUUAUGGCCAUCAUGGUGCGAAACCACAAGACGUACACGCCCUGGGCUCUUGCCCUGCAGAAAGAGGUGCUUGGUCCGUUGGUGUCGUCUGCAGCCACUGGCAAUCCGGAAGAUAUGCCACUCAUUGAGUUUUCUGACGACGAAGAUUCUGCUGGUGAGGGUCCUUCCGGCGAAGGUGCUCCUGAGGGUGCUACUGAGGGUGCUCUUGAGGGUGCUCCUGAGAAUGCUCCUUCAACCAUUACUCGUCCUAUGGUUGAUUCUUCAGAUGACCUCCCUGCCGCCGAAGCACCUGACGACAAGCAGGCUUCUGCCGAUCUGCCUACCUACGACUCACCCUCUGACAAUGGACCUUCAGAAGAGUCGAAGCAAGAAGAGUCCUCAGACCCAUUUGGUGGCCUCUGGCAACAUGCGAUGAAUCUAGGAAAGUCUGCCAAGUGCAAAGAGAAGGAGUGA